AUGGCUCGGACGAAUCCUCACCUUGGCGUUCCACCACAUCCCCUGGUUCACACAACAAAUGACCAGGAUUUCAACCAACACAACAGAGAUUUGGAGGCUGGCACGUCCGAAGCCGCACCUAGGCGUGCCGCCAACGCCUGGCUCGGAUCCCACACUGUGGUAGGAGUGCCAUAAAGGCCACAUUAAAAAGGAGCCAUUGCAGCCUGACUCUCAGACCGCCUCCGGUCAAGGAGGAGGUCCAAGGUACCCCGUCAGUUGGCAACCUUCCAAGCCACGGCUUUUAGCGCACCGUGAUAGCUUCAAGCGCGUCAGAUUGUUUAUAGUGAGGAAAAUGCGCUGAGUCGUCGACCUCACUCUCCCUUCCCAUCCCCACACCCCAGCCGCUGUCCGAGCCGGUCACGUGAACCCACCGCUGACACCCCUACACCCUGAAUUUACGCUACACAAUAUUAAUAUUACAACCCCACGCACGAUCUCAUGAAGUGUUGUAAGUAAUAAACAGAGCAGAAUAGCCGCAGGGAUGCAGCGUGACGAUAACUUAAUACUGAAAGUUGUGUCAAAGUUUUUUUUACAGAUCGUAUUAUUGGCGCACCAAAACAAAACGCUUAUUGCGUGUCACUACAAUUAAUCAUGGGAGUUUUUUAAGGUCAGGAAACGUGUGUUCAAAUAGCAUCGAAUCCGUUUGUUUUACAAUGCUUCUCAUGAACUAUACAACAAAAUCCAUAUCCGGUGUAAGAUUUUAUGAGCCCUAUGUGGUUUUUACUUAAUGCCAUAUAGGAAUGCAUGUUUUUCUUGCACAGUAUUCAUACAAAUAGUAGACUUAAAACACCAAACGCAAAUGCAAAAGCUGUUCGAGCUUAGAGUUCUUCGGAGUGAAAAAAUUUUUAACACCAAACUAGCCUUCUUCUAUGCAUAAAAUUAGAAAUAGACGUAAUUUUCUGCCAAAUGAGUACAAGAAGGUAUAUUUCGGUGAAUGUUUUCUGCCAAAUGUAUUUACAUUUAUAGGUGCAUAAAAAAUCAGUAAAAUGUACACUACAUAAAUAGCGAUUAAUGCUGGCGGCCGAAAAGAAAUCUAUUUGAAGGUCAACAACUUGGUGUGUCUGAAAUAUUACGGUAUUAUGCCGCAGACUUAUCAGUGUUAAACCCUACUUGAGUAAUCUUCUGCAGUCAAAAGCGCAUUUUAGAAUUCUUAUUGCCUCUUCAGGAUAUUGGCCACUGACCAUAUUAAAGCAUAAUUGGUGUCCCAGCACAAACAGGAAUCGGCAACUUACUCUUUAAAAUGUGAAGACACAUUUCCUCGCAGAAAAGCUUUCGAAAAAAGUGUAUGCAAUUAAUAUUUUGCAUAUAUUCUAUGGGAUGUCAGAUAGUUUUGCCAGAAGCACAGAUGGUUGAGAGAAGAAAAGGAGUUGGCGAAAAUUUCCCGAAAUCUAAUCAGCAUCCAUUCAGGCCUUCCUUUCUACCUUCUACCAUCCUUGGGUUGAACUCGUUUAUAAGCUCCUCCUCCGUACAACAUUGACCUUGAGCCUAAUUACGGAGGCGCCUAUGCCCCUACUCUGUUUUUCCUCCUAAACCUGUUUUCUCCUAAACCUGUUUUCCUCCUAAACCUGUUUUCUCCUAAACCUGUUUUUCCACCUAAACAUUGACGCCAACCCUCUUCCUAUUCUCCCACCUCCCUGAAAUUUAGCGUAACUCCACCUGUAAUACGAGAGUGCUUAAGCCCUCGUCUGUUCCCAUCCUGUUUCAAAUACAUGGUCUGAGAAACCCACGAUAUUCUUUAGACAAGAGACAUCCUUUUCUUUUGAAUGCGAAGAAGGGUUUUCAGAGAGACUAACUGCCGUAUAUUUGGCAAACUAUAUUCUUCGAAAUGAAAUUUAUUCUGCCUUAGCGCUUAAAAGAUCAUUUUCCUCAUUUAGUCAGUUGGAAUACUGUUUGCACCCUUCUGUUAUUUUGAUGCCAGGGGAACAGAAACGAGCUCCCAAUUCGCGGCCGACUGUUGCAACUGGCUGAUCUCCUCUCCUGGGAUGCAAAAUGCAAUCGUCUGCUGCACGAUCUCGUUGUCAGCUGCUACGGCGCUCCCGGUAAGCAUGACUUUGGCUCGUCGUAGAAGCUGGAGACACCUCCGCUUUUCACUGAGCCAGAAAAUGUCCGACCAUUAAAAACUUCACUCGUCUACACAAGGGCUAUAAAAAUUUAAAUAAUUUUUUCCCAGUAUUUUCAGCAGAAUGCGUAUUGACAGUCCGGGGACGUCGGUUCAGAUUCGGUGGUUCGUUAGGGGGAGAAAAGUAGGAAACUGUGUAAUUAAACUUUGCGAAAGGUCAAUCUUGAAUGUUGCGAAUUCUUUCUACCAAUGGGUUGCAAUGUGAGGAAUGCAGUUCAUUGCAAAAAAUAACUUUCACCGCAUUCAUUACCGUGGGCAAGUGACUGCAGCCUUGUACCUUUGUAUUCACUCCUGCACUUUAGGGUGAAAGCGGGAUCAUUAAAGCGUUCAGUAAAUCAAGACUGGCAAUUUAGCUCUUCCAGCAAAGUCUUGUAAUUUAUGCUACUCCAGAGAACUUGAUUUAUUCGCUCGAUGUGAACUUUCCGUUGAUUUUUCAAACUUUAGUUAUAGCCGAUCAUGAUAUCUACUAGUCUAGUCUACAUUUUAAUGUCCUGAAAGAAUUGGCGAGCGUAUGGUGUAUAUAUUAUAUUCCAUAAUGCCGACCAUGAGACCAAAUAGCUUGGUGUACAUGCUUACGCAUUGAUAGAAUUUGAGAGCAUUACAUUACCGACAAACACAGGGGAGACUGGAAUCACCAUUUUGACUUAUUAAUCGUCGUCGGUCAGUCAUACCCAAUCCCAAGGUGUGGGUCAUCUGAAGCUCGAUCCCACAACCUGUUGGUUAGAAGUCCAACGCCCCUAACCACUGAGCCAAGGGCUCGUUGUCCUGUCGGUUGCGAUCGGGAAUAUACAAUGACAGAGGGGUUCUCGCCGGUCGCGCUACGGAACUCACUCGUACCGUUGGACCUUGGGGCUUUCUCUCUAGCCCCACCAGCAGCCUUGCUUAUAUUACGCAUGGGCGGACGCUGUUCCAGCAUACUUGGUAUUUUCGAUCGCCAUCGACAAGAAAAUGGGCUUGUUAAAACUUUGAACUUACUAGUGUUCAGAAAUUAAAAGAACUCUGGUCCGAACCUCAGGUGCUCCGAAUCUUGGGGUUGGGUUAGGCUGGAGGCGACGACAACGACGACGACUAAUAAGUCAGAAGUGGUCACUCCAAUUUUCUCUGCCUCCUUGGCUAAUCUCAUUCUGCCUAUGUUACUAGCCACUGUGCAACUCUCGGUAAGGCUUAUGAUCGAGUCUCAAAUCGCAACGGGACGAGAUGAUCCCAUAGUGCAGUCGAUUAACACUCUCUGUCACAUACAUACUUUUUAAUUGAAAAAUGGGCGUCUCAAGAAAGAAAAUUCAAAGAAAAUAAUUCUUUGUGAAAAGUAACAAACUUUAUUUCGUAACUGUUCGACUCUGGUUCUCCAGGUCGUCCUCAGACGUGAAGCGAGUGUGCGAAACAGCUAAAGUUAAGACUGGACUAAAAACCGAUUCUGCUCUAUCAUUCUUGCCUUUAUUGAGAGUUGGCAUCACGUUCUGAUUGGCUACCACCUUUUCUGUGUUUCAUUGAGAUUGUUGUAUGCGACGUCUAGUUCGACGUGCGGAUUGGCCCAUGAGUUGUCAGAAUAUACGGCCUCUAAAUAUCUUCGGUUUUCCGUAGAUGAACAGACACCCGUAAUGCGAGGCCUGGUCGAGGCAAAUUCGUGUCCAGUUUCCAGCGCAUACAUGAAAAAUUAGAACAAGUGGUCUCACCUUUUUACUGCCAAGUAAUAUCCUUGUGUGCGUAUGAAGGCAGAUGUUCCAGUUUGACCACAGUAAACCACAUACAUGUGUCGCAUAGUAUCUCGUAGGUGAGUUCUUUUUUGUCUAAGUGGCCAGCCUUCUUUUCAGGGUGUACAAACUUGUUGCAAAAUAUAACUUUUGGUUUGUUUGCCACGUGUAUUUAUUUUUUCCUCAGGCGUCAUUUAACAAGUCCGGUCUCAUUUCUAAUUUGUGGGGGUGUUUACUAGUUUUUUGGUUUCGGCGCCUGAUCGGAGCAGUAUAGGUCCUUUUCAUUUUAUUUUAAAUCCUGUUGUCUCAUACAUCCAUGUACAAAAUCUCCAAGAUACCUGUUCUGCGAAAGCAUGUUACAGGGAAGUUUUUUGCUUUUCCUAAAGAACCUACUUCCCCCGAUAUAUGUAUUCAUAUAAGUUUGUUAAUUUCCCGAGAAAUUAAUGCGUGCUGCUCAAGUAAUCUUUUACUGAAACUCUCUCAGAUUCGGUUCAAAAUUUUAAAGUAUUCUUUUGGCCGAAACCGACCAGUCCCAGAGGAAUAGUCGCGUAGCAUCCACAAUUUAUUUACGGACAGUCAGCAAUACAUCUGUACUGGUUGAUUUAUCACGAGGUCUGAGUCAGAUAUUUCAUCCAGUAAUUGCAGACUUCUUCCUGAGAGAAUUAAAAAUUUGUAAAAUAACAGCGCCCUAGCUCCAAGAUCAUUUAGUCGCAAAGAAUCGGGUGGAAGAUGAGAACAAAUUUGAAAAGUAGUAGAAGGAGCUGAUAAAGCAAUAUAGCAGUAUUAAGAUAGUUGGCUUUCUUCCUUUAGAUUACGUUGCCCAGGCGGCUGUGGGAAGGUCCAAAUCAUAUAAAUACAACCGGAAAUUCCCCUUCAAUUUGAGCAUUCCACCGAGCCAGAGUGGAAUGCCUAGGGAGCCCGAGCCGCAGCGUCCAAACUCAGAGAAGCAUCCGUCGGCGGAUCCUAAAAGAAGACAGGUGAGGAUGGCGCACUUCCCUACUCCUAUUCCCCAGGAAGUCCACGAAACACGCACGGAAGAUGAGUACGCGUCAGGGCGGGCCAAUGGUUCCACCCCUACAGACAAUGAGGGACGAUAG